CAUCCUCACACCGACUCUAUCCGCCCGUCCUCCCGCUCCCUUCUCACCAUGGACGCGCUUUAAGGAGCACCGUCCCAGCUCGCCACAGAUCCGGAAUCCGAACUACCGCCGACUCGACGGAGAGGAGUAAUGAUGGAAUAUUGGCGGCAAUGCGCGCUGUGGCUGAUCCACUGCAAGGUGCUUCCAGCCAACCACCGGGUGACGUGGGAGACCGCGCAGGUAUUCGACCUGGCCCAGACCCUCCGGGAUGGAGUCCUCCUCUGCCAUCUGCUCAACAACCUCCAGCCGCACUCCAUCAACCUCAAGGAGAUCAACCUGCGACCUCAAAUGUCACAGUUCCUGUGCCUGAAGAACAUCAGGACUUUCCUGACAGUGUGCAGCUACACAUUCGGCAUGAAGAAAAGCGAGCUGUUCGAGGCGUUCGACCUGUUUGACGUCAGAGACUUCGGAAAGGUGAUGGACAGUCUGUCCAAGCUGUCACACACACUGGCAGCACAGGAGAGUGGAAAUAGGCCUUUCCCCACUGAAGAAAGUGUUGAAGACGAGGACAUCUACAACCACCUGGAGGACCUGAUAGAUGAGAACGGGGUGGACGACGAGGAGGACCUUUACGACUGCGUGUAUGACGAUGAAACUGGUGGUGAGAUCUACGAGGACCUGAUGAAAACGGAAGCUCACCCUCCCCCGGUGUUCCAGAAACAAGCUGAGAUUGACAUCAGGAGUUGCUGUUUGACGGAAAUCAAGCAGACCGAGGAGAAAUUCACUGAUACCCUGGAUUCUAUAGAGAAGAACUUUAUGACGCCUCUCACUGUGUUUUUAUCCACCACCGAGAUGGAGAAAGUGUUUGUGAAUAUUCCGGACCUGGUAAAAGUACACAAAUGUUUACUGCAAGAAAUCCAAGACUCAGUCCAACACAGAAGUGCCCAAAACCUUUACCAGGUCUUUAUAACUUUCAAAGAAAGGUUGCUUAUUUAUGGGAAAUACUGCAGCGACGUGGAGACAGCCAUCGCCACCCUGGACAUCAUAUGCAAGGACAGAGAGGAUGUCCGCAUGAAGCUGGAGGAGUGUUCCAAAAGAGCAAACUACGGCAAGUUCACCCUAAGGGACCUGCUGGUGGUCCCCAUGCAGCGGGUGUUGAAGUACCACCUCCUGCUGCAGGAGCUGGUUAAACACACCCAUGAUGCCGGAGACAAGAGCAACCUGCGGAAGGCUUUAGACGCCAUGAAGGACUUGGCUCAAUACGUCAACGAAGUCAAGAGAGACAACGAGACGCUCCGAGAAAUAGACCAGUAUCAGAAAUCCAUUGAAAACCUGAACCACACUCUGAGUAACUACGGGAGACCCAAAGGGGACGGCGAAGUACGAGUGUCCUCGGUGGACAAACGAGCUAAACAGGACAGGCAUAUAUUCCUGUUCGAUGCCGCGGUCAUUGUUUGCAAGAGGCGAGGCGACAACUACGAGAUGAAAGACGUGAUUGACUUGCACCUCUUCAAGAUCACAAACAACCCCACGUCGGACAAGGAAAACCGAAAGUGGUCCCACGGAUUCUACCUCACGCACAACCUGGGCCAGAAUGGCUUUGAGUUCUUCUUCAAGACCAAAGAGCUGAAAAAGAAGUGGCUGGAGCAGUUUGGCAUGGCCAUAUCCAACAUUCGUCCUGAGAACGCCACCAACAAUUUCCACGAGUUUCACAUGCACACUUUUGAAAGAAUCACCUCCUGCAAUUCUUGCCACAUGCUGCUGAGGGGUGUGUUUAACCAGGGCUAUCUGUGCUCCAAGUGCGGCUUAGGGGCCCAUAAAGAAUGCCUGGGCCGCUUGGGCUGCUGUGGGAAAACAGAUCCUGGCGGCGUCAGAACUCAGGUUAAAGACCGAGAUCCAGGUCUCCCCAAGAUGCUGGUCAUCAGGAACUACUUUGGCGUGCCGAGCCCGACGUCCGGCCCGGCGCUCAGCAUCCAGACGGGUGACAUCAUCGAAUUAAUCUGUGCCGACCUUCACAGCCCCUGGUGGCAGGGCAAAAUCCUGUCAACAAAAGAAGUUGGCUCCUUUCCAAGCGACGCCGUGAAGCCCUGCCCUUGUGUCCCAAAGCCCAUUGAUUACUCCUCUCAACCAUGGUUUGCUGGGCCAAUGGAGAGACUCCAGGCAGAGGCAGAACUCAUCAACCGAGUCAACAGCACCUACUUGGUUCGCCAUCGCAGCAGAGAGUACACGGAGUACGCCAUCAGUAUCAAGUACAACAACGACGUGAAGCACAUAAAGAUUCUGACCAAGGAGAGCUGCUUCCACAUCGCCGAGAAUAAGAAGUUUAGGAGCCUAUUUGAACUAAUUGAGUACUACAAACACCACUCCCUCAAAGAAGGUUUUAGAAGUCUGGACACCACGCUGCAGUAUCCGUACCGGGAAGUGGAGAACUCCACAAUGCACCGUUUCAACCGCUCUGGUGGCAACACCCCAUUGCUCUGCGGCCUCUCUAUUGUAACCCCCGCCGGCUACAGCUUUGUACCUCCUUCCUCUGCUCCCUUUUGGUCAGUGUUUACGCCCAAGGUGAUCGGCGUGGCCAUCGCCCGCUACGACUUCAGCUCACGUGACACGCGAGAACUCUCGCUGCAGGAGGGCGACGUGGUGAAGAUUUACACCAAGUCCGGAGCCAACGGGUGGUGGAGGGGCGAGGUCAACGGCAGGAUCGGCUGGUUCCCGUCCACGUACGUAGAAGAAGGUGAGGAGUGAACGCCCCCGGCGAGGAGAAGAACGCCGACCAAUCAGCUGAGAGCCAGCGAGGCCUUGUUGCUUUCACUCCUCCAGAGGCCUUCAGGAGCAAAUAAAGGGAAGAGAAAAAGGGCUCUGCUCAAGUAACGUCAUGGUCUGCAGGCAGCAGCUUGCCUGUCAGCGGGGCGGGAGAGCUCGCCAGACUUCCUCGCCUCGCUAUCCAUCAUUUUUCCCGCCUCUUUCUGCCCCCCCAACCACCGUUUUUUUGCUGCCAACUUGGUUCCUGGAAUAUUUCUCACAGGUUCCACUCUUCCUGUGUGGUAUUGAUGACUCACGGCAGCCCCGCCCCCCCGCCAGAUUGCCACCACGGCGGUCUCACGCAGGAUACGUCGAGAUAAAGACGGCGUCCGCGCAAUUGAUGGCCGUUGUUCCGCUUUCCCCCCUCGCCGCUCACAUUCCUUAUCUCCGCAGCAGACUCUAGUGUUUUGGCUGGUGAGUGAUCCCUCGCUUAUCGCCCGCCACUCCGGCGACGGGAGCCCGUCCGCGGGAGGCGUUAUCUAAUUGGGAGGUAUUUUACGGUCUGACCCGUCGUCGUCAAAUACAACAAUCUGUUAUUUAAAAUCUUUGUUUCUCUUAUUUUGUGCCCCUGUUUGAACCAUUUUUAUUCCUGAGCAAAAUAGGCUGCAUGAAAGCCAACGUCCACUGUAGUGGACAUUUGUGUUGCCGUGACAGGGCUGGCAAUUUUUUAAACAGACCGAAAAGUAACGUCCACCACAAUGGACACUGGUUCUCAGGAAGGAUGUAGAUUAAACAGCAUUAAUAUUAAAUAUGGUGGGGUUCGACAGCCUGAAAGCCAACGUCCACUGUAGUGGACAUUUGUGUGGCCGUGACAGGGCUGGCAAUUGUUUAAACAGACCGAAAAGUAACGUCCACCACAGAGGACACUGGUUCUCAGGAAGGAUGUAGAUUAAACAGCAUUAAUAUUAAAUAUGGUGGGGUUCGACAGCCUGAAAGCCAUCGUCCACUGUAAUGGACAUCUAUGUUGCUGCGAAAUGGGCUGGCAAUUUUUAAAAACUCCGACGACAACAACAGACCGAAAAGCAACGUGCACUACAAUGGACACUAGUUCUGAGGAAGAAUGUAGAUUAUACAGCAUUAAUAUUAAAUAAGGCGGGGUUCGACAACUUGAAAGCCAGCGUCCACUGUAGUGGACAUUUGUGUGGCCGUGAUAGGGCUGGCAAUUUUUUAAACAGACCGAAAAGUAACGUCCACCACAAUGGACAUUGGUUCUCAGGAAGGAUGUAGAUUAUACAGCAUUAAUAUUAAAUAUGGUGGAGUUCGACAGCCUGAAAGCCAGCGUCCACUGUAGUGGACAUUUGUGUGGCCGUGACAGGGCUGGCAAUUUUUUAAACAGACCGAAAAGUAACGUCCACCACAAUGGACAUUGGUUCUCAGGAAGGAUGUAGAUUAUACAGCAUUAAUAUUAAAUAUGGUGGAGUUCGACAGCCUGAAAGCCAGCGUCCACUGUAGUGGACAUUUGUGUGGCCGUGACAGGGCUGGCAAUUUUUUAAACAGACCGAAAAGUAACGUCCACCACAAUGGACACUAGUUCUCAGGAAGGAUGUAGAUUAUACAGCAUUAAUAUUAAAUAGGGUGGGGUUCGACAGCCUGAAAGCCAGCGUCCACUGUAGUGGACAUUUGUGAGGCCGUGACAGGCCUGGCAAUGUUUUAAACAGACCGAAAAGUAACGUCCACCACAAUGGACACUAGUUCUCAGGAAGGAUGUACACCGAAAUUAAACAGCAUUAAUAUUAAAUAGGGUGGGGUUCGACAGCCUGAAAGCCAGCGUCCACUGUAGUGGACAUUUGUGAGGCCGUGACAGGGCUGACAAUUUUUUUAAACAGACCGAAAAGUAACGUCCACCACAAUAGACACUAGUUCUCAGGAAGGAUGUACACCAAAAUUAAACAGCAUUUAUAUUAAAUAGGGUUUGGUUUGACAGCCUGAAAGCAAACGUCCACUGUAGUGGACAUUUGUGUUGCCGUGACAGGGCUGGCAAUUUUUUAAACAGACCAAAAAGUAACGUCCACCACAAUGGACACUGGUUCUGAGGAAGAAUGUAGAUUAUACAGCAUUAAUAUUAAAUAGGGUGGGGUUUGAUGGCCUGAGACCCAACGUCCACUGUAGUGGACAUUUGUGUGGCCGUCACAGGGCUGGCAAUUUUUUAAACAGACCGAAAAGUAACGUCCACCACAAUGGACACUAGUUCUCAGGAAGGAUGUACACCGAAAUUAAACAGCAUUAAUAUUAAAUAGGGUGGGGUUCGACAGCCUGAAAGCCAACGUCCACUGCAGUGGACAUUUGUUCACAUAAUAGGGCUUAUUUAUUAAAAAAUAGAUAAAAAAACAAAGGUCCACUGCAGGAUACACACCAAGACUAUGCAGCAUUGUUAUUUAUAGACAAAAGUUUUACAUAAUUCCCACGGAAGCUUUCCAACUGGAGUUUUUUUUUUUUUUCCAACCUUUUUAAGAACUAACAUUGCAUGAUUUUUAUUCUCUUCUUUGCCCCUUUUAAUAUAGUUCUUCCUUCCUCCUCAUUCCACAAAUACCAGCUUUCACACACACACCUACGCCCGACAUUUUCAAAACAACAGCCCUCUCCUCACCUCUCUUUUAAAAAAGAAGGAAGCCAUUGUGUUGAAGGCCAACACGUCAUGUACAUAGAGUGGAAGUGUGGUCCGCAGGUGACGCCGACUUGACAGAUGGAAACGCACCUCAGGCUAUUUGGUGCCACAAAACUGAUGAAGGAAUUAUUUGUUGUACUUGGGAAACAAUGAAGUGUUUUCUGUGCUGCUUGAAUGGUGGCGCCAAUAUUUUGGGGUUUUUUCCGUAAGUCACCACUAGAUGGAAGCAUGCGUCAUUUCCUGGGCAGGUCACCUUCAGCUUGGCUAAAGUUUAGAGAUGAUGUCAUUGCAGGAGAAUUAAUACCAGAAUGACCACGCCCCUUUUGCAUUUCCUAUAAAGCCAGUGAGAGACCCUCUGCUGUCCUCAAAUGAACUCAUUUACAAGUCCAGAUGUACGGGAGGAGGGCUCAAGGGUAUCUAAUCAUCACACCGUCUCUUCACCUCCACGACCCUCGUCUCCUUUCUAUCUUUAAUCUGAUCUCUGUCCUCCAUGUGAUGCCUCAGCCAAAGCGAAACAUUUCUGAAUUGAUUCACCGGCCAAGCGGCAGGUGUCCUUUAAAUGUGAAGCAAACUUAGCGGCUGGUGUGUGUUAUUGAACCAAAGAUGUGCGCUGUGUUUACUGUACACUUUUGUCUUUAUUGUUGCCACGGUACAACAACCACUGCGGCCUGAUCAGCUGUGUCCUGUGUCGCAUCCUCCCUGUAUAUUUUGUACUGUAUAUAGUGUAAAAUAUGUUUAUAGUAUAAAUAUAUAUAAUAAAACAGAUGUGUUGCUUCUAAAUGUG